AUGGCCGACGCUGCGGUUGAGACGCCGCAGACCGCCGGAGCGGCGCAAGACACCAAGCACACCGAAUCCACCAAUGCUUCCGACUCCAAGCCCACCGAGUCCACCACCAAUGGCGCCAGUGAAGACGUGAAAGGCGGCAAGGCCACCAACGGCGACAAGGAAGCAGACGACGAGGAUCAAUUCGAGCGCUAUGACACAGACAAGAAAGAGCGCCGUGGAGAUCGUGAGGACUACCGCCACAAGGAUCGCCGUGACCGCGGUGAUCGCGAUGACCACAAGCGCCGCGAUUUCGACGACCGUGGUCGUGGACGGGGUCGUGGCCGCGGUGGAGGAGGCCGUGGCAGAGGCGGCCGUGGUGGUCGUGGAGGCUUCGACAACCGCAACAACCAGCGCAACGUCAAGACCCGAUUCGAGCGCAAGGAAGAGAGCAACGAUGCGACUGAGAUCCGCCGCCAAAUCGAGUUCUACUUCUCCGAUUCCAACCUUCCUGUCGACAACUACCUGCUUCAAGAAGUUGGUGGUUCCGAGAACCGCCCAUUCCCGUUGAAGACAAUCCACCAGUUCAAGCGCAUGCGCCACUACCAGCCAUUCAGCGCCAUUGUCGAAGCUGUCAAGGGCAGCUACAUCCUCGAAGUCAACGACAAGGAUGAGGUCUACCGCAAGAAGCCACUCCCUGAGCAUUUCACUCUUGAUGUUGUGAAGAACAACGAGCUUCUCACUACUGAGACCAUGGCCCGCAGCAUCUAUGCUAAAGGAUUCGGCGAAGAGGAGGCGGAUACUGCAUUCAAGAUUGAGGAAUUCUUCGAGCCAUAUGGUGUGCGUGGUGUUCGCCUCCGCCGUGAGAAGGAUGGCACUUUCAAGGGCUCCGUCUUUGUCGAGUUCGAGGACGAAGCAGCCGCGCAACAGUUCCUCGACAUGGAGGAGAAGCCCAAGUUCAACGACAACGAGCUUGAAAUCAAGAGCAAGAAGGAAUACGUCGACCAGAAGUCCCAGGACAUCCGCGAUGGCAAAGUCAAGCCAAACAGCCCAUCACGCCGCUUCUCCAACCACCGCAACGAUCGUGGUAACUUCCGCGACAACCGCGAUAAGGGCAGCUACAACAAGCGCAAGCGAAACUACGACGACGACGAGCAGGACAACGAUGUCGAUCGUGAUGACUGGCGCGAGCGUCGCGACAGGUUCCAGAAGAAGGGCCGUCGCGAAUCUCGUUCCCGCAGCCCAUACCGCGCCGAGAAGAAGGCUGAUGACGACAAGCCAGAGGAGAAGUCUGAAGAGAAGAAAGCUGACGAUGAGAAGUCUGACGAGAAGAAGGCCGACGAGCAGAAGCCAGAGGAGCCCAAGGUCGAAGAGGCCAAGGUCGAGACUGCGGCAUGA